AUGGAUCAACAAAGAUUCCUGCAGCAGCUGCAGAUCGUCCUGAACCCCACCCAGGGAAAUGUGAAGGAAGCGACGGGUAUCCUGCAACGCGAAUUCUAUAACAAGCCGGGUUCCCUGGUGUUCCUCAUCCAGAUCGCUACUGGACAUGAGGACGCCAACCUGAAGCAGCUGGCCGCUGUCGAGGCUCGGUCCUUGGUGAACAAGCACUGGGUAUCUGUGCAGGCCGGCCAGAAGCCUCAGAUCCGCGAGCAACUGCUCCGUUCCACCCUUGGCGAGGGCUCUUCCCUCGUCCGUCACUCAAUCGCUCGUGUCAUCUCGGCUGUUGCCAAGGUAGACUUGAACGAUGGCGAAUGGGCCGAACUGCCCAACUUCUUGAUCCAGGCCGGUAGCACCGGCAACAAGGACGAGCGUGCCGUGGCUAUCUACAUCCUGUUCACCAUCCUGGAGACCCUGGGUGAGGGAUUCGAAGAGAAAUUCCAGGAUCUCUUCAACCUGUUCGGCAAGACCAUUGCCGACCCAGAAAGUGAGGAAGUCCGUACCAACACCCUUCUGGCUCUUGGCAGACUUGCCAUGCACCUUGAUUCGGAAGAGGACGUGGGCCCUGUGAAGGCUUUCCAGCAGCUGAUCCCUUCCAUGGUCGCUGUUCUCAAGGAGUCGAUCGAUCAGACGCAGGAGGAUCGUGUGAUGCAGGCUUUCGAAGUCUUCCAGACUAUCCUCGGGUGUGAUCCGGCCCUCUUGACGGUGCACCUCAAGGACCUCGUUGUCUUCAUGAACGAGAUCUCCGCCAACACCGAGGUUGAGGAGGACACCCGUACCCAGGCCAUCAGCUUCCUCAUGCAGUGUGUCCAGUACCGCAAGCUCAAGGUGCAGGCUAUGCGUGUCGGUGAGCAACUCACGCGCACUGCUCUGCACAUCGUCACUGAGCUUGGCGAUACCUCCGUCCUCGAUGAUGACAUUACCCCAGCGCGCUCCGCUCUGGGUCUGCUCGAUAUGCUGGCCCAGAGCCUGCCUCCGAGCCAGGUCGUCGUGCCCCUCCUGCACUCUUUGGGCCAGUACUUCAACAACAGCAACCCUGACUACCGUCGUGCCGGUAUCAUGGCUCUGGGUAUGUGUGUCGAGGGUGCCCCCGACUUCAUCAGCACCCAGAUGAAGGAGAUCUUCCCCAUGGUCCUCCAGCUCUUGGGCGACCCCGAGCCCAAGGUUCGUCAGGCCUCGUUGCACGCUGUGGCCCGUCUUGCCGAUGACCUGGCUGAGGACCUGAGCCAGGAGCAUGAGAGGCUCAUGCCCUUGCUCUUCCAGAACCUUGCCAGUGCUAUGCAAGAUGCUAUCGACGCUGUCGUCGAUGGCCUUGAUGAGAAGGAUGUUGCUCCCUACCAGGGUGAAUUGGUUCCUAUCCUCCACAAGCUGUUCAAGCACCCCGACUUCAGAAUCAAGGGUCUGGCUGCUGGCGCACUUGGUUCUCUUGCCUCCUCUGCCGGUGACUCCUUCCUGCCAUUCUUCGACGAGUCCAUGCACUUGUUGCAAGAGUUCGCCACUGUCAAGGACAGUGAGGAAGAGCUCGACUUGCGCGCGAGCGUGACCGACGCCAUGGGCGAGAUGGCCGCUGCAGCCGGUGCUGAGCGUUACCAGCCAUACGUCGAGCCGCUCAUGCGCGCAACCGAAGAGGCUCUGCACCUUGGUCACUCCCGCCUGAAGGAGAGCACCUACAUCUUCUGGGGUGCUAUGUCCAAGGUUUACGGUGAGCACUUCUCUGCCUUCCUCGACGGUGUCGUUAAGGGUCUCUUUGCUUGUAUCGAGCAGGAUGAGACUGAUCUUGAAGUCUCUUUCGGCGAGGCUGCCAAGGAUUUGGUUGGCCAAGAGGUGACUGUCGGUGGCCGCAAGGUCAAGGUUGCCAGCGCUGACGAUGACGACGAGCCUGUGGGCGAGGAUGGUGAGAUUGAAGACGUCGACCUUGAAGACGAGGAUGGCUGGGAUGACAUUACCGCCACCACUCCUUUGUCUCUUGAGAAGGAAAUUGCCGUUGAGGUCAUUGGUGAUCUUGUUACCCACACGAAGUCCGCCUACCUGCCGUACUUCGAGAAGACCAUCGAGAUGGUUCUGCCUCUUGCUGAGCACCCCUACGAAGGUGUUCGUAAGAGCACUAUCAGCACCCUCCACCGCUCCUACGCUAUGCUCUUCGCCAUUGCCGAGGAGAACGGCCAGAUGGCCAAGUGGAAGCCUGGCCUGCCUCUGCAGGUCGAGCCUGCCAAGGAGGUCAAGAAGUUUGGUGAAAUCCUCAUGACUUGCACCAUCCGCAUGUGGACUGAGGAAGACGAUCGGGCUACCGUCGCCGACAUCAACCGCAACAUGGCCGAGAACCUGCGCUACUGUGGUCCUUCUCUCAUUGCCAACGAGACUACUCUCCAUAACGUCAUCACGAUGGUCACCGACAUCAUCACGAAGAAGCACCCUUGCCAGCUUGAGUUCAACCCCGACGACGAUUCUCUUGACGCUGGUGAGGAGACUUCUGAGUUUGACUGGGUCGUUGUUGACACUGGUCUCGAUGUCGUUUCUGGUAUGGCUGCUGCCCUGGGCGAGAGCUUCGCCGAGCUCUGGAAGGUCUUCGAGAAGACCAUCAUCCGUUACGCCGGCAGCACUGAGUCUCUUGAGCGUGCCACCGCUGUCGGUGUUCUCGCCGAGUGCAUCAAUGGCAUGGGCGCCGCUGUGACCCCGUACACUUCUGCUUUCAUGAAGCUGCUGGUGCACCGCCUUGGUGAUGAGGACCCUCAGACCCGCUCCAACGCUGCUUAUGCUGUUGGCCGUCUCGUUGAGCACUCCACCGCUCCCGAGAUCGUCAAGGAGUUCCCCACCAUCCUGAGCCGUCUCGAGGCCUGCUUGCACAUGGAUGUCUCUCGUCUUCAGGAUAAUGCCACUGGCUGUCUCAGCCGCAUGAUCCUCAAGCACCGUGACAGCGUUCCCCUCAAGGACGUGCUGCCCGCUCUGGUCAAGCUCCUGCCCUUGAAGAACGACUACGAGGAGAAUGACCCCCUGUACCGCAUGAUCUGUCAGCUGUACAAGUGGGAAGACCCCACCACCCGCGAGCUUACUCCUCAAUUCCUGCCCAUCUUCCAGUCUGUCCUCUGCGGUGACGAGGAUCAGCUCGAGGACGAGCGCCGCGCCGAGCUCAUCGAGCUUGUCAAGUGGCUGAACCAGAUGCAGCCCGGUGCUGCUCCUUGGGCUGAGCAGCUGUAA